AUGAUGGCUAGCAAUCCCCAAACAAACUUGAUGAGUUUUAAGGUCAUCUUAUUUGGGGAUUCUGGAGUUGAGAAAACAUCUAUUGCAAAUAGAAUUGCACAUCAACAGUUUUUAUCAUCAUUGCCUUCAACAAUUGCCGUAGGGAAUUACAAAGUUGUUAUACCAGUUGGAAAUACGCAAGUGGAGCUUAAGCUAUGGGAUACUGCUGGCCAAGAAAGAUACAAAUCGAUUAUUCCGAUGUUCAAAAGAGAAACUUCAGUUUGUAUAAUUGUAUGCUCAGUCGACUCUCCUGAUUCUAUUAAUCAUAUUAACGAUUGGAAAAAAAUAAUAGAAGCUCAUAUGGUCUCGGCAAAAACAAAUGAUGGUAUUGUAGAAUUGUUUGAUCAGAUAGCCAAAGAAUUGAUUUCUUCUUCAGUAAAUUGUGCCGAUAACAUGAUGGAACAAGAAGAGAAGCCUAUAAGGAAGACUAGAUUUUGUUGUUUGUAA